AUGACUGGAGCGCACAGGGGCUUUGUGGCGCUGCUGCAGAAAUCACUGGAUAGAAAGCUUCUGACUUUUCACUGCAUCCUGCACCAAGAGGCAUUGUGCGCGCAAACAUUCCCUCCAGAAUGCACAGAGGUCAUGAAUGUUGUCAUUCAAAUUGUCAAUAAAAUAUUGGCAAAUGGUUUAAAUCACCGCCAAUUCCGUGCAUUAUUGGAUGAGGUGGAGAGCACGUUCUCUGAUCUGCUGCUGCACAACAGAGUCCGGUGGCUGUCCAGAGGAGAGGUGCUGAAACGCUUUGCUGCAUGUCUGGAAGAGCUGAAAACUUUCCUGAGAAGCAAAGGACUCUCCUUCCCUGAGCUGGAACAGCCAGAGUGGCUGGAAAAGCUGCACUUCAUGGUGGACAUGACAGCACACCUGAACACGCUGAACACGACUCUUCAGGGGAGAGGAGCCACAGCGCUGAACAUGCUGGAGGAGGUGUUGGCGUUUGAGCGCAAACUGACAGUUUUAUCCAGAGAUUUGCAGAGAGGCACACUGUCUCACUUCCCCUCUUUAAGGGAGUUCAAACAAGAUCACAAGCUGAUCAAUUCAGAGUAUUUGCAGUCUGCAAUCACCACAAUGCAAGCGUCAUUUGAAAAACGAUUCCGUGAGUUCAGAGAGGAAAAAACAACACUGUCCUUCCCCGUCACUCCCCUAAACAUCGAUCCAUCCCUGCUAAAUGUGACUGCAUUUCCAGGUGUGAGUCAACCUGAUCUGGAGCUGGAGUUGGCUGACAUAGCUGACAAAGACAUGUGGGUAUCCAAAUUCAAACGCUUGACAGGCGAUCUUGAAGAUGUUGCCCGUCAGAAGGCCACUCUUGCUCAGAAUCACAAAUGGAGUGAUAUUAAGAACCUUCCAAGACCGGACAAACUUAUGUUUGAAACCUGGAAUGCCAUCCCCGACACCUACAUGAACAUGAAGAAAUAUGCCUUUGGAGUCCUGUCGAUCUUCGGAUCCACAUAUGCAUGUGAGCAGCUAUUCUCCACCAUGAACUACAUUAAAAACAAACACCGUACACGCCUCGCAGAUGACAGCUUACAGUACUGCGUAAAAAUGAAAGUGACUUCGUACAGCCCGGAUUUGCAGACGCUGAGCGCAGAGGUUCAGGAGCAGAAGUCCCAUUAACAAGGUCAAUGCCGCUACAUGCCAAUGUGGCAGUGGCUCAGGCUUUCUGGCUCAGAGAGGCUGUAAAAGCUUGGAGUGAUCGUCAUCUUGAUUUCCAAC